AUGAGAUAUUCGAUUACUAUUGUUGUUUUGGUGUUGGUUAUUUCGAUUGGUGCGGCGCCGUUUGAAGAUGACAAAAACAUGAAUCCAAUCAUGCGUCAUUUCGCGAAACAGAGUCGUUUGACCAAUCCGGUUACACAUGCGUAUACUUCUGGGUUAGUGGAAACUUUUGGAAAAAAUUCUAAAAUUAAAAUUUUGCAGCUCUCGAACUGGUGAAGCCGGUUAUCGUAACUGUUAUUUGUCGCCGAUCCAAUGCAAUCUUCCAGUUUUACGUGAACAAAAUGCCGGUUCGAUGCGAUUGGAGAAUAAUGAUAUGAGACGUUUUCGAAGAAUGUUUGUUUUUUGA